AUGGAGAAUGGACCAACGUUUGUUGCUAGUUGUUUUCAUGAUCAAUGCGAUCAGCGUUCGUGCUAUCCGGCGACUGGAAAUUUGUUAAUUGGUCGGAAACAUCGAUUAAGUGCCACGUCAACUUGCGGUUUGCACACUCGCCAACGCUAUUGUAUAGUCUCACAUUUGGAAGAGCAAACAAAAUGUUUUUAUUGUGAUAGCAGAACUGAAUGGAGACCAUACCGCGAUCCACAUCGUCUCAGUCAUAGGAUAGAAAAUGUCGUAACAGAAUCUUACGAAGAUCGUAAUCGUAAUUGGUGGCAGUCAGAGAAUGGUGUUCAGAAUGUUUCAAUAAGACUUGAUUUAGAAGCCGAAUUUCAUUUCACUCAUUUGAUUAUGACGUUUAAAUCAUUUCGUCCUGCUGCUAUGAUCAUUGAGCGAUCAGCUGAUUUCGGCAAAACCUGGUCAACAUAUCGCUAUUUCGCCUACGAUUGUGCAAAUACCUUUCCGCAAAUACCAGAGGGACCGCCAAAAAAGCAUACCGAUGUUAUUUGCACUCGGAAAUAUAGUGAUGUUGCUCCUUCAACUGGAGGAGAGCUAGUUUAUAAAGUAAUAUCGCCACACAUACCAACAGAAAAUCCAUAUGCAGACGAAAUCGCGAAUUUAUUAAAAAUAACUAAUUUAAGAAUUAAUUUUACAAAACUUCAUACUCUCGGCGAUGAUCUUUUGGAUUACAGGCCAGAAAUUGAUGAAAAAUAUUAUUAUGCUGUUUAUGAAAUUGUUGUUAGAGGAUCUUGUUCUUGCUAUGGCCACGCACAUCUAUGCAUUUCAAUCGAUGAUAAUUCGCAACGUCCAUUUCCCUAUCGUGCUGAUAUGGUAGUUCUUUUAAUUUUAUUAGGAGUGUUUUUCUACAUAUUCCUAGUUGGGUUUAAUAUUUAUAAUUACUUCUUCAAAUAUUCAUUUUUUCAUGUUCACGGACGUUGCAAAUGUACUCAUAAUACAAAAGGAUUAAAUUGCGAACAAUGUAUGGAUUUCUUCAAUGAUUUACCUUGGCGACCAGCAUUAGGUGAUGAUUCGAAUGAAUGUAAGCGUUGUGAAUGUAAUGGGCAUGCUGUACGAUGUCAUUUUGAUCGCGCUGUUUACCAAGCCUCUGGCUUCGUAUCGGGAGGCGUUUGCGAUGAUUGUAUGCAUAAUACGCAGGGUAAAAACUGUGAGCAAUGCAAACCAUUUUUCUAUCGCAAUCCUCAACGGCCUCUCAAUGAUUCGCAUGUUUGUUUGCCCUGUGACUGUGAUGAGGCUGGUUCUCUCAAUUCUGGGAUAUGUGAAGGAGAAGAAGAUCGGCAGAAAGAUCUCGUUGCAGGAAAAUGCUAUUGCAAAGCUAAUGUGGAUGGUCCGCGUUGCGAUCGAUGCAAAAAUGGUUUUUGGUCGUUGAACAUUGAUGAUCCUGAUGGCUGUAAGGCAUGUAACUGCCAUUUAUUGGGAACAUUCAAUAAUGAAGGAUGUAAUAAAUAUACAGGAGAAUGUCUUUGUAAACGAUUAGUCGCUGGCGAGAGUUGUGACCAGUGUCUUCCGGAACAUUAUGGGCUAAAUGAAGAAGCAGAUGGCUGUAAGCCUUGCGAUUGUGAUAUCGGCGGUUCUUUCGACAAUAAUUGUGAUGCAAUAACUGGUCAAUGUAAAUGUAGAGCGAAUUUUAAUGGUAGACGAUGCGAUAAACCAAAUAAUUCCUACUUUUGCGCGAAUAUUGACUAUUAUACUUACGAAGCUGAAUCGGCUAAUAUCACUAAUGGUGAAGUUCAACGGCGAAUAUAUCCACAAAAUGAGCGUGAUCGUACUUGGACUGGGGAAGGUUUUGCUAGAGUCAAUGAAAAUUCAUUAUUGACUUUCAAAGUCGAUAAUUUGGCCCAAACUAUGUAUUAUGCAAUCAUCAUCAGAUAUGAAGAGCCACAGCAUCAUGGUUGGGAAAAUAUUCAAUUAACAGUUGUACGACCAUCUGAUCCUUCUCCUAACAGUAUUUGUGCCAGUGCAAUCCCUUCUGAUGAUUUCCUUAUUGCGAGAUUAUAUCCUGGAGGACGCUAUCUUGAGGUACAACCAACUGUUUGCUUAGAGGCAGAUAUUUUGUACGAGAUCAGAGUACAAUUUGGGGAAAGACGAACGGGAUAUCCUGAUAGGUCAGCAUCUGUAUUAAUCGAUUCAAUCGUUUUGGUACCGCCAGUGGAUGCUCUUUCUAUUUUCCAAGGAUCCCCGAACGCCGAUUAUCAUAAGAUGGAAUUCGAGCGCUAUCAAUGCCGACAUCAAGCCAUUUCACUUAUCCCAAUGUCUGCACUUUCCGAUGUUUGUCAGCGAUACAUUUGUCCUGUAGCCGCUUCUGUCUUUAGUCGUGGCCUCGAUUGCGCCUGUGAUCCAACCGGCUCUUUUUCUGGAAUUUGUGAGCCUAAAGGUGGACAAUGUGAUUGUAAGCCAAACGUUGUUGGUCGAAGAUGCGACCGAUGUGCGGUGGGAACAUAUGGAUUCGGCCCAUCAGGUUGUUCUAGUUGUGAUUGUGAUAGUGUUGGAUCUUUGAAUAAUAAUUGCGAUCGGCAAAGUGGUCAAUGUCUUUGCAGAGAACGUGGUAUCACUGGAAGGCAAGGAGUUUCUUGCAUUCUUUCACAAUGUAAUCAGUGCCAGCCUGGAUUUUGGUCUUUUCCAAAUUGUCGUGUUUGUCAGUGUAAUGACCAUGCCUCAAUCUGCGAUCAAAAAACUGGUGCUUGCAUCGAAUGCCGUGACCUUACAGAUGGACAUUACUGUGAACGUUGCAAGGAUGGAUAUUAUGGUGACCCUCGCCUUGGCGUUAAUUUGCCGUGUAAACCUUGUCCUUGCCCUGGUGGCUUGGGAAGUGGUUUCCAGCAUGCAGAUACUUGUUAUUUACGACCCAAUAGCCAGUCAUCCUCUCUCGAUGUUAUUUGUAAUUGCAGAAUGGGCUACACUGGCGAUCGAUGUUCUAUUUGUGCAGUUAAUUAUUGGGGUAAUCCAAAUGAAUUGGGUGGAACUUGUGAAGCAUGUGAUUGCAAUGGAAAUAUCGAUGUAACUGUUGAAGGAAGCUGUGAUGCUGAAACAGGCGAAUGCAUUAAAUGCCUCUUUCAUACUGAAGGAAUUCAAUGUGAGAAUUGUAUAGAAGGCUAUUUUGGGGACGCAAAAAUUCGUAGUUGCCAAAGGUGUGUUUGUAAUGAAUUGGGGACAAAUGCAACUGCUGGUGCGUGCGAUCGUGUCACUGGUCAAUGCCCUUGUUUGCCCAAUGUUGUUGGACAACAAUGUGAAUCAUGCGCAGCACACCAUUUCAAUAUUGCAAGUGGAAAAGGUUGUGAGAAGUGUGAUUGCGAUCCAAGCGGUGUAUUAAUAAGGGAAGAUGGUACUUCAGAAAUGCAAUGCAAUCAAAUUGAUGGACAUUGCCCAUGCAAACCCGGAAGAGGUGGUCGUACAUGCUCGGAUUGCCAAGAUUAUUAUUGGGGUGACCCAGUUGUUGGCGAGUGUCGCAGAUGCGAGUGUGAUCCUAUUGGAUCCGCUACUCAACAAUGUCAUAGAUCUAAUGGGACAUGCAUGUGCCUUCCAGGAUCAGGAGGCCCACUUUGUAAUCAGUGCGCUCGUGGCUAUACCGGAAAUUGGCCAUAUUGUGAAGCAUGUGGUGAAUGUUUCCGCAAUUGGGAUGCCAUUAUUCAUGAUCUCAAGCAGCAAAUUAUUGUUCUGAUCGGUAUCGAAAAAGCUAACAAUAUCGAAGAUAUUGGAGUUUCAUCAGUUUAUGAUGAAGCUUUUGAAAAAAUGGAAAGUUCUCUGUUAGAUAUGAAAACACAACUGGAAUCAAGUAAUUUAACUAAAAGCGAUAUCGAAAAUCUUCAAUCGGAAAUGGAAAAUCUUUUAAACAAAAAAUAUUUUCUCAGUUAUGUGCUUAAGGUAAGUUCCAAAAAAGAGAGGUUGAAUGAUGUUGGCACAAGGAUGACUCAGGCUUCAAGUGCUGUAGAUAAUGCUGCUGAGGAUUUGAAAUCUUUAUUGAUAAUUGCUGAACAGCUUACUGCUAAAGCAAAUGCUCUGAAUGAAAAUGCUACAAUAUUGCGUGAAGCAAAUGUUCAGGGAGCUUACAAUAUUACCAAAGAAUCUGCAGAAAAGUCAUCAGAAGCUAAAAGAAUGAUCGAUCAGGCCAUUUCUAAAAUUGCUACCGCGGAAAGUGAUCGAAGAGAAGCCGAAUCACUUGUAGAAAAUAACCAGCUCGAUUUUGAAAAACAAUUUACGGAGAACGAAAUGGCUCUUGAAGAAGCUAACAAGAAGCUGACCAGCUUUGAAUCAUUCUUAACCGGUUUGAAUAAAGACGUUUGCGGAGCUGAAGAAACACCUUGCGAUAAACUUUGUGGUGGACCCGGAUCGUGUGGUCAUUGUGGUGGCCGAUCAUGUCUGGAUGGAUCUGUCAGCAAAGCUGAGCAAGCUCUUCUAUUUGCCAGUGAGGCUAAUCAAAAAUUAAACGAAAAACAAAAGGAAGCUGAAGAAAUUUUGAAGCGUGUAAGAAUUAUCUUAAUGGAAACCUCUGUCACCAAAAGUAAAGCAAUUGAUGGCCAUAAUAUUGCUGAAGCUGUGGCGAAGCAGGCGAAUCAAAUAAAAAAUGCUACCGAAGAAAUCAUUAAAGAAAUGAAUGAAUUUUUGCAAAGCGAACGAUCAAGUCCAGAGCAGAUUCGAACUUUAGCGGAAGAAAUCGUUAAUUUAACAAUUUCGCUUACUCCAAAUCAAAUUCAAGUUCUUGCUAAUCAAAUUCGUGAAAAUUUAAUGAAAAUUAAUAAUAUUGAUUCAAUAUUGGAAGAAACGAAAGGAAACAAAUCAAUCGCGGCUUCACUUCAAAAAGUUGCUGAAACUGCCAGCAACCGAGCUGCAGAAAUCAGAAAUACAACAACAGCUGUCAGAGACGCAUUAAUGCGGACCACAGAAGCUCAGGAUUCUGCACAAUUAGCAAUUGACGAUGCAAGAAAACAAAUUGCAGAUGCAAAAGUUGAUUUACAAGAUGCUCGAGACGAAACUAAAAAAGCUGAGGAGUUUUCAAUUACUUCAAAUGAGUCUUUAUCAAAGCUAGAAGAUGACAUGAAGAACGUUCGAGUGCAAUAUCUCCAAAUUUCUGAAUAUGCAAAAAAUGCAUAUGAAGCAGCUGAUAAAGCUAUCCAGCAAGCAGCAGUGGCUGAGGCUGCUGGUGAACAACUGAAAAAAGAUCUUCAAUCUGCUGAAGAACUAUUAGCAAAUCGGAGAGGCAUCAGUGAACAACCGCAGGCUAGGGCAGAACAGUUGAGACAACGUGCUACUCAUUUACUUCACAUGACAGAGCGGCAUCGUGAUGAUAUUGCUCAGCUCACUGCUGAUGUAGAUGCUUCAGAUGUUCGACUUGGAGAAUAUGAUCGAACUGUAGCUGAACUUCAUUCUCGAAUUGAUCGAGUGACUGAAGAAAUUCACAAACAAAUCGAAUAUUAUUCAACAUGUGAUGUUUAA